AUGGCUCCAAUUACCAUCACGCAGUGGACAGGAUGGGCUAUGCUGCUUUGGCUGAGUCUUGUUUCGAGUCUUCUGUAUUGGAUGGUCACGCUGCUCAAAGGUCCCAAAUCGUCGCCUCGCAUUUCGCCUAAGGAUUCGAGCGUCGACUCCGAACCAAAAGCGUACCCCUCAGUUGAAGCUCUUCCCGAAUUUGAGUGGCAACAAAAAGAGCCUUUGAAGAUAAGGCCAUUUAGACCUAAAUAUAACCUUACGAUGAGCAUCGAGGAAACCACUGUUAAUGGUCUUAUUGAAAUGGAUAAAACUUACGUUGAUCGAAUUCACCUGCGAAGAAAGAUCAUGAACGAACAUACUGAUACUGUCCUGGCUGCUGAAGACAGUGUCAAGUCAGCAGUCGACGAGUUUUACUGCUGGCUUCUGGGAUCUUUUCUUCCUACACGGUUUCCUCGGAUGUUUGUAUUGCAGCACAUAAACAAGGAAGGUUUCCUUCACAACUUGGUGAUGGACGAGAAACUUCCCUUAUCUCCUGCGGAGAAGCCGCUAGAAACCCUUGAAAGAUUGGGAGGGCUUGUCGACGAUGACUUUCUAUUCUUGUUACCCUCAGAUGACGGGGAUGGGUACACUUUGAAGGGAUUUGUGACAUGCUUCCCAAACGGAUUCAAUACAUUCAAAAAGUUGAAUCUCAAGUUGAAGGACAUCCACAAGCCUGUUCCCCAGUAUAAAGAAAGGCUGGAAAAAAGCAUGGAUCGUUAUUUCACAAGGUUGCCAAUUGGAAAGUUUGUCAAGCGAGCGAAUUGGGCCAUUACGACUACGGACGAGCUUUUCACUCCCAGUGGUACCCAUAUUUAUGAAGGUGAAAAGGUUCUUCAGGAGGAGAUUGAUAUCAGCAGCACUCGUCUCCGUUGCGAAAGACAGGUGCUACAUCGACUACCGCAGAGUCGUGCGCUGCUCUUUUCUUUCAAAACCCUAACAUAUACGCUGGCAGAGAUCAAAGAAGAAGGCCUUGGCAAAGAUCUCGCGGAAGCAAUUGAUGGGUUAAAAGAAGGAAAUGCCCCAGACUUCCACUUCUAUAAACGGGCUGCAGUGUGGGGAGAGUCCGUGAAGGCUUUCCUCACUAGUUGA